AUGAACGUGCUCUUCUCUUUCCUUCUCUUACAAAUUGCUAGUCAUAGCGGUUAUGUACAAGUUGACUGGAAGAGAGUUGAAAAAGAUGUAAACAAAGCAAAAAAGCAGUUAAAAAAGCGUGCAAAUAAGGCAGCACCUGAAAUCAAUACUCUAAUUGAAGAGUCGACAGACUUCAUCAAACAGAACAUCGUGGUGUCCAGCGGAUUUGUUGGAGGCUUUUUGUUAGGCCUGGCGUCAUAAGGAGCCGAACCAUCUCUUCCCAGUGGCGUUCGUGCCGGCAAAGAGCAGUUGUGGUGCCGCGCUGUCUCAGAGCAGUGUGGGUCGCCGGGCCUUCUGGAGCAGGACGAGCGGACUAGCUAGGCAAUUUGGAAGCUUUUCACAUUUCAGGCUUUGCCCCUUGAAGCUUGGCAAAACUAGGAUUUGCUGAAAAACUGUGCAGUAUGCUCAUUAUAGCAUUUCUGGGCAAAACUGGUUCAUCUUCGUCAUGACUUUUUAUCUAUGACCUUUCAAGAUCUAGCAUUUUUUAAAAUGUUAUUCUUGGAAUAUAGAUAUGUAACCAUACUGUAAGAAAGAAAGCUCAAUUUCUAUGUUUUCAGUUAAAUAUUGUUUAUUUUAGAAUUAUUUUUCUCCAUGCUGUAGUAGAUCGUAUCAAUGACUACAUAAUGUAUAUGAUAUUGUAGUUUCAGCCUCAUGGCUGCCCAUGUUCUUUAGAAAUCAUUGCAAUAAUCUAUCAAUCUGUAAUACCUUUUUACAGAGUAUUAAAUAACGAAGAAUCAUGAGCUUAUUAAAGAUGAAAA